AGGAGGAAGAAGACAAAGAGGUGUGUUUAGUUUAAAAGGAGUGACUGAGGCAACCAGAGGACACAGUUUCGUAUGUUGUGAGCUGUGAAUGAAACCAGGUUUACUACAUUGUUCAGAUACGAUUGAGGAUGGAGCACAGCGGCAACAGCAGGACCAGUGUGACUGAGUUUCAGAAGCUGUGGGGAAGAUGGACCAACCUGAUGAACCGCUUUUAUGGUGACCCCAAGGUAGAACUGAUGAUGGACACAAGAAUCGGACAGUACAUGAGCAGCCAUCCUCUCUUAGCUCUCACGGUGUUGCUGUUUGGCGUCAUGGCUGCACUGCCUGUCGGACUUUUCCUCUCUUUUGCUUUUAUUACCAUUGUAAUGACGACAGUAGGUUUUGUUUUCUUUGAAGUGUUCCUGCUGUGUGUAGGAGGGUUGACUCUGCUGUCUUUGCUCCCCGGCAUCGCCAUCUUCUCUGUCAUGGUUUCACUCGUCUUCAAUGCGUUUUAUGUCACCAUCUCCAAGGUCGUCAGCCGCUAUUACAAGCGUCUGACCAAGGAAGGUAAAGUCCUGGAGGAUCAGGGAGAGUCCGUGGAGAGUGAAUGUGACACUUCUAAACUGGAGGAUAUCCAGUAGCUUGAUUCUUCUUCUCUUGAGAGAGAGCUUUCAUGUGGAAAAGCUCAAAUUUUCUUGAGUGUCAGCAACUUUAAGUCAGCACUACUUCAGAGGAUCCAGACCCUUGAAUGUACCUUGUGCAGCUAACUUUCAAAGCACAAAUACUCCCUGAUUGUUGCUGUAUGUCUAAAGCCUGAAUAUUGUAACUACAUAGUUUUCUAAAAUGAGUGUCAUUAUAAAAUGUCUACAACAGCCAAAGCAUGGAAUAACCUUUCAACUGCAUUAAUAUCCAAAUACAGAAGACUCAUGUAAGUCUAAUCUGUACUACAUAUUCUAUAUAUGCACUAUGGAUUUAUCCUGAAAUGGUGUUUAAUUUCAAGUAAUGAAUGUAACGAGAAAAUAUGAACAUUAGUGUGUUAUUCAUCCAAAUAAGCCAUGCGAUAUUACAUUUUCCAUAUUAUGAUUUCCAGCCUGAAAAUGCUUGUGUGUUGUUUAGGCUCAUCUCUGCAGAUAUCUGAUGUGCACGCCUAGAAGGCAAAAAGAAAUGCACUCCAAAAAACUAGGGCUGUCCUCAACAAAAGAAAUUCUUAGUGGACUCUUGCACUCGUGAUGUUGUCGACUAAAUGAUUAGAUAUUUAAAGUACUGAUUAGUCAGCUAAGAGGAUCCCUAUAAAAUAACUGUUACAUGUUUAUGUUACAGUGUUGUAUGUUUGUAAUGUGGCUUUGAAUAAAUGCUCCU